CAUUAUAGCACCCUUUGGCACCCGCGCCUGUCGCUACGUAAUCAUAGAUUAGAUGCAACGCCUCAUUCAUGCUUCGUGGCCUUCUCAUGCUGUACAAUCACAAGCAACGCACCGCAUUCAUACUCUAAAUCUUUCUUCGCCCACGGGCGCGUUCGCCUUUUUUAUUUUCCUUUCCUUGUGUACGUUGCACCAAAUUAAUUGACAUCUCAAAUGAGCGCGCUUUAAUUCUACAAACACUCGCCUUUCAUCGCUGCAUCUCCGCAGUCGCGAGUCGCAUCAAGCAACCUCUCCCCUCCGCCAGCAUGGCUAUCGAACCGCCCGCGGAGUUUCUCAAGCCUUUAUGGGCUUGGGCUGAAGCAACGCCAGUCUACAUUCUUCUGUCAUUAUUUAUCGCAUUUAUUGCGCUGGCACUUCUUGGGCUCUAUGUCAUCCUCCAUCUCGUCGCGCCAAAGCCUCGACCCGUCUACGCCUCCGAAAAGACCUACGUUACCAGCCAUCCCACUGAAGGGCGCACACAGCCUCAAACUCUCCCCUGCUGGUACGAUCGCUGGCUCGCUGAGCGACAGGCUAGCGAGCAGCACGUCCGCCCCGAUGAAGCAUUCCCUACUCCCGAUGCUGGAAACAUCGAACCCGCCGAAGUGCGUCUGAGCGUUGUCUUCCCAGCCUACAACGAAGAAGAUCGCGUUAUCCCGACCCUCGAAGAGGCUGUCACUUAUCUCGAUGAACACUUUGGCCGAACCAAACAAGCUGGACCUAGCGGAGCGAGUCCUACGACUAAGAGACAUGUUCGGAACGCUCCUAAGGAGGAUCUCGGCGGAUAUGAGAUCUUAGUUAUCGAUGAUGGAAGCAAGGAUAAGACAGUGGAUGUUGUCCUCAAGUUUGCCCAAGAACACGGCCUCCAUGACAUUCUUAGAGUUGUCUCACUUGCUCGCAACAGAGGCAAGGGCGGAGCGACUACUCAUGGUUUCCGACAUGUGAGGGGCGAAUACGUCCUAUUCGCUGAUGCUGAUGGCGCAUCCCGUUUCUCCGAUGCUGGUAAGCUCAUUGAAGGAUGCGAGGAGGUAGUUGAUGGAUCGUACCGCGGCGUUGCUAUUGGAAGUCGAGCUCAUCUCGUCGGCAGCGAAGCCGUUGUUAAGCGCUCGGCUCUACGAAACUUCCUCAUGCGAUCUUUCCAUCUCGUGCUCAUGAUCCUCACACCCCCUGCAACAUCGCGCAUCCGCGACACCCAAUGCGGCUUCAAGCUCUUCUCGCGAGCAUCCCUCCCACACAUCAUUCCCUACAUGCACACUGAGGGGUGGAUCUUCGACAUCGAGAUGCUCAUGCUCGCAGAGUCAGCACCCGCGACACCAGUUCUUGGCCACGAUGGCAGUGUUAUUGGCACCAGUCCCGGCAUCAAGGUUGCUGAAGUGCCCAUUGAGUGGCACGAGGUUGGUGGCAGCAAGCUCAACGUCAUUCAGGACAGUAUCAAGAUGGCUAUUGGCCUUGCGGUGCUGAGAGCGAGUUGGAUGUUUGGUGUCUAUCGAAGACGAUUGACAUAGGAUGGAGGUCAAGGGAUCAGGCAGGAUAUGAGCGUGAAUGCUCAGUAAUAGCAAUGAUCAUGUCUAGUUGAAUAAAACACACAGUCGACAAAUUUAUCGAUUAC